AUGGCCGCAGAACAAUCGAAAGAGCCUGCCCAGAGGAUAGGGAAGUACCAAAUUGUAAAGACCCUUGGAGAAGGGUCUUUUGGAAAGGUCAAAUUGGCUUACCACAUCUCUACAGGUCAAAGGGUGGCGCUAAAAAUCAUCAAUAGGAAAGUCCUUGCAAAGUCUGACAUGCAAGGAAGGGUAGAAAGAGAGAUUUCGUAUCUGCGUCUUUUGAGACAUCCCCAUAUUAUCAAGCUAUACGAUGUGAUCAAGUCGAAGGAGGAGAUAAUAAUGGUUAUCGAGUAUGCAGGGAAAGAAUUGUUUGAUUAUAUCGUCCAGCGGGGUAAAAUGGAAGAAAAUGAAGCCCGUAGAUUCUUCCAGCAAAUUAUCGCCGCUGUAGAUUAUUGUCACAGGCACAAAAUUGUUCACAGGGAUUUGAAACCUGAAAACUUACUGCUGGAUGACCAGUUAAACGUGAAAAUUGCCGAUUUUGGAUUAAGUAACAUCAUGACGGAUGGUAAUUUCCUCAAAACAAGUUGUGGAUCUCCUAAUUAUGCAGCCCCGGAAGUCAUUAGUGGUAAGCUUUACGCUGGACCAGAGGUGGAUGUCUGGUCGUGUGGUGUCAUCCUCUAUGUGAUGUUGUGUGGUAGAUUACCAUUCGAUGACGACUUUAUUCCUGAGUUAUUUAGAAAGAUCAGUAAUGGUGUUUACACAUUGCCAAGUUUUCUCAACGAGUCUGCUAAGAACCUAUUAACCAAGAUGUUGGUUGUCAAUCCUUUGAAUCGUAUAACCAUUCGUGAGAUAAUGGAGGAUGAGUGGUUCAAGAUUGAAUUCCCAGACUAUCUGAACCCCGAGAAUUUGCUGCCUAAACCCAAAGAUGUUCCUGUAGACGACGACGUAAUUCAUGCGCUAUCCGUUGCAAUGGGAUACGAUAAACAAGAAAUCCUGGAUGCGAUAAGAACUGGCCGUAAACCAGAUGAAACCAAUGAAGUUUUCGAUGCCUAUGAGCUUAUGAAAGAGAACAAAACAUUGGUGGACGACAUUAAGAGUCAAAACGUUGAAAAGUCUGAUUCAAUGGAUAAAAUAGUUUCGCAAGGAAGUGCGGUGACCUAUCAUGCGCUUAAUCCAUCACCUGAACAUAUGCCGACGAACUCUACUAUUGCUAUUCUUCCAUCAUCACUACCUCAAAUUCACCGUGCCUAUAUGAUUAACAAGGCUGAUAAGAACAACCAGCCUCUGAACAAAAUCAACCCAGUUUCUACGAAAAAGUCGAAAACUCGCUGGCAUUUUGGUAUUAGAUCUCGAUCUUAUCCACUCGAUGUCAUGGGUGAAAUUUACUUAGCUCUGAAAAACCUAGGCGCUGAAUGGAUAAAACCCUCUGAAGAAGAGUUAUGGACUAUCAAAGUGCGAUGGAAGUAUAAACCAAAUGCCGAUGAACAACAGAAUGUUAAAGUCACUCCUGAUCUAAUGAAAAUGCAAAUACAAUUGUUUCAAUUGGAGCCAAACAACUACCUAGUUGAUUUUAAAUUUGAUGGUUGGGAGAACUCUGAUGAGUCCACUGCUGAGUUCAAAGACGACGAUGACAUCAGUUCAUUUAGCGCCUACCCCUUCUUGCAUUUAGCUACGAGGCUGAUCAUGGAACUUGCCGUGAAUAGUCAAGGUUAG